CCUGUGCAAAGUUUUCAGUGCAAUGAUUCAGAAACAGUUAAGAGUUUACAACUGGUGUGAAGUCAGUGUGCUGUGGGAUUAAUCUCCUGAAAGUUUCUCAACCUUGGCCCAAAUUCGCACCAUAAUUUUAUCACACAUUAGAACAAACUAGGAGCCACUUCAUAUCGAAGUUGUAUAAACGGUGUCAGGACUGGUGGGUGGUUUGUGCAUCAGGAUGAAUGACUCAUGUAUAACCCUUAAUAGAGAUGGGACUAAUCUUCCAUCAAAUGAAGAUAUUUGAGCCUUGAACAGCCUGUGAUUUUGGGUGCAGAAACUACAUGGAUGUGAACUUUCCCACUUCUGACAAUAGGUCAUGGAUAUGAAACGUUGGUGUCAAUUUUAUGAUCAACUUUGGAAUCAUGACAAUGGGACCAUGCGGGGGACUCGAACCUACACUUGGCUGUUUUCCUUGGCAUCAGAUCACUGCCCAGUUAAGGAUAGCAGCCGUGCUCUUGGCCCUAUCAGAAGGCUAGCACCACUGGACCAAAGGUGCUGUUCAGAGACGUUGGGGGCUACUUCAAAAUGGAGGUGUUCCCAGACGGAGCCUAUGGAUGCGGUUCUCCCGCAGUUUCACCUGUAACCUCCAGGGUCGUGGGUGGUGUAGAUGCUCGACCCCAUGCCUGGCCAUGGCAGGUCUCGCUCCAGUACUUAAAAAAUGAUGAUUGGGCUCAUACUUGUGGAGGGUCCCUCAUCGCGAGCAACUGGGUAAUGACUGCUGCCCACUGUAUUAGCAAGAGCAGGACCUAUCGGGUGGUACUUGGCAAGCAUAAUCUCAAGGCUUCAGAACUUGGAUCAAUGGCAGUUGAAAUUGCUCCAGAGAACAUAUUUGUCCAUGAGAAAUGGAAUCCAAUUCUUGUUGCUCUUGGGUAUGACAUUGCACUCAUGAAGAUUUCCAGUCCUGUGGCUCUGAGCAACACAAUAGAGCUGGGAUGCAUUCCUGCCUCUAAUACAAUACUCCCCAACAACUAUUCCUGCUACGUAACAGGAUGGGGGCGUCUCUACACAAAUGGCCCUAUCGCUGACAAUCUUCAGCAGGCCCUUAUGCCAGUUGUAGAUCAUGCAACUUGCUCCAAACUAGACUGGUGGGGAUUUGCUGUGAGAAAGACAAUGGUCUGUGCUGGUGGAGAUGGCAUUGUUGCUGGAUGUAAUGGGGAUUCUGGUGGACCUCUGAACUGCCAAGCUACUGAUGGAACCUGGGAAAUCCAUGGCAUUGCCAGCUUUGUAUCCAGUUUGGGUUGCAAUGCCAAGAAGAAGCCCACUGUCUUCACUCGUGUUUCUGCCUACAAUGACUGGAUCGCUCAGAUAAUGGCGAACAAUUGAAGAGAGUCACAAAGAGGCACAUUUUACUACAAGUCAUACAGCAUGGAAACAGACCCUUCAGUCCAACUCAUCUAUGCCAAGUCAAUAAAAACAUUUUGCGUUAUUGGCUUGGUUUCUUUUUUGUUCAUCUUUCAUUCAUUGAAUAUUUUAUGCACAAAUGGGAGCUGGGCUUAUAUCAUGUAUGUCAAUUAGUCUAAAAGAAAACCAUAGGCUGCUAUUCUUACAAUCCUAAGGCUGUGCAAACCACAAAAGCACUGCCCCAUACCUUUAAACAGCGUGUAGUUCAGCAGG